AAAAGGAAAUCGCACAGUUGGUGAAAUGAAAAUUGAAGACAUGCCAUAAUUGCGAUUGCCCGGCAACCAACAAUUUGUUUGACACUCAUUUGCGCUCCCUCUCACUUCCACCCGGAGUAUCCGCCAUUUGCUCUCCGACGCCACGGGAACCACUGCACCUUAGUCUAUGAUUGGAUUGAAUCAUUCUGAGCGCGGACAGCGUCGGUGUCUUACUUUCGUCGUGCCAUAACUGAAUCAGAACAACUGAUCCCUAAUUUUCGAGAAGAAACUCAAGAUCCAAGACGCCCGGAAGUGAGUGGCAGCGAUUGAGCAUUUAUUUCGCUGCUUGGAACUAGGUUGCUGGAGAAGUGCUGUAAGAGGUGAAAAUGCUGACAUGCAUAGCUCGUUCUAAGAAACUUGGAGAUGGCUCGUUGAGUCAAAUUGAAGAAUCGGACUCCGUCAGCGUCAGCGGACCCGGAAGUAAGCAACAAUCUGUCAAAUCUCUGACAGGUCAGCUCAGGGACAUGGCGUUAAAAGCGUCGGGAUCGUACCGAACUUGCAACCCUUGCGCAGGGCCGAUAACGCAGAGUCGACUCAAGAACUGCAGCUCACAGUCGGACGGCGACUCGGAAAGGUUCAGGUGGGCGUACAAGCGGAGCGGCAGCUUGAGCUCCAUGAAAACGAGGACCUGGGGGAAGGAGAUGGAAGCGAGGCUCAAGGGAAUUUCUAGCGGAGAAGGAACGCCCAAUUCGCUGAGUGGGCGCCGAGUUGACCCAGUUGUGUACGUUGAGGAGAACGAACCCAAGGAGUGGGUAGCCCAGGUCGAACCGGGUGUGUUGAUUACAUUCGUUUCACUUCCUCGUGGAGGGAAUGAUCUGAAACGGAUACGUUUCAGUCGAGAUGUCUUCAAUAAAUGGCAAGCUCAGAGGUGGUGGGCCGAGAACUAUGAUAGAGUUAUGGAGCUAUACAAUGUUCAGAGGUUCAACCGGCAAGCUUUUCCUCUUCCAACCCCACCGAGAUCUGAGGAUGAGAGCUCAAAAAUUGAAUCUGUUGAAAACAGCCCCGUAACACCUCCAUUAACCACAGAACGCUUGCCUCGCAAUCUCUACCGUCCCGCUGGAACGGGGAUGAGCUAUUCAUCCUCAGAUUCACUGGAGUAUCAGCCAAUGCAGUAUCGCCAGUACCAAGAUUCAGGUCUAACCUCCACUCCAAAACUCUCUAGCAUCAGUGGUGUAAAGACAGAGACAUCUUCCAUCGAUGCAUCCAUGAGAAGCAGUUCAUCAAGGGAUGCAGAUCGUUCAGGAGAACUAUCCAUCAGCAAUGCUAGUGAUCUUGAGUCUGAAUGGGUUGAACAGGACGAACCAGGGGUUUAUAUUACAAUCAGAGCAUUGCCAGGCGGCAAAAGGGAACUCAGAAGAGUUAGAUUCAGCCGGGAAAAAUUUGGGGAGAUGCAUGCUAGAUUGUGGUGGGAAGAAAACCGAGCCAGGAUACACGAGCAAUACUUGUGAGAGAAACAAUGCAAGAGGACACUUUUCGAAAGUCUGAAAGAAGUGGUACUUUUUAAAAAUUUAUGUUCAUUGGCAUGCUUAUAGAGAUCUUUGGGGUGCUGUUGGCAGCGUACGAUGUUUGGGGGUAUACAUAUACAUGCGAAUCCAAGUUGCAUUGCAUGUAGUCACCACAAUAUGUGGAUGUUAGAAUUUAUUUUUUAAUAACUUUUUUGUCUCUCUGUUUUACAUUUUGGUUGAAGAGGCAUUGCCUAUGUAUUGUAGUAUGGUGGGUGUAAAACUUUAAUACCUAAUGUGUCAAUAUCAAUGGAAAAGAUUCAGAUGUGCGGGCUUCCUCCUCUCAA